AUGCAUGAAAGUAAAAAUUUAUUUGCAAUCAAUCAAUCAAUGACCAUGAUGUGUCCAGGAUCCGUUCAUUCUGAAAUUUCGGAUUACAAUGAAGGACUCGACUCGGGUGUCAAGCCUCCACGAUGGCCAGCCAGAGGAGGAGUGAUGUUUUCUUUUCCACCCACGGACUUGCGUGACUUCUUCUUUUGUUUCUUUCGGCUUCAAAACAUCAGCAUGGAUCACAGCUGCAUCGACCCACAAACGAGGGUGCCACAUUUGUGUUGGUCUCUUUGCCGCCAUGACCUUCAUGGCAUUUCCUUUCAUAACCACGCAUCACAUCAUGUCACACAGCUCAUUAGGGAUGCAGCCAGACAAGGAUGUAUUUGUGACUACUAUAGUAGGGUUCUCAACUAA